UGGGGGUGAGACGUAGAGCUGCUGCUUAAGCAACAUGCCGACUGAGCAGCUUCGAGAAUCCAGCCACCAAGCGGCCAGUCGCCAAGAUCCCAAGGUCGCAACAGCAGCAGCAACAGCAGCAGAGGCCGCGGUCGAGACUGAGCCAACUUGGCCUGCCUCUUCGCGCAUCUUGACGAAAUAUGAGCGUACGGCUUGCCCCGAGCUCGUAGGCGUCGACAGGCAUCAUGGAUUCUUCGCAGCAAUGCCCAGUAUUAGAGGCCUGGUCGAGUCGAGGGUCAUCUUGUCCUUGCCAGUGAUGAUAACAGGAAGCCAGGGAUCAUCGGUCAUGUGCGAUAAGGGCAACCUGCUUCAGGUCGUGCAGCCUGUUACAAGCAUCAUCUUCCUUGUCGAUGCCUACUGGUACCUCUAG